AUGGACUAUAGCCUGCCAGGUUCUUCUGUCUGUGGGACUCUCCAGGCAAGGAUAUUGGAGUGGGUUGCCAUGCCCUUCUCCAGCCGGAGCCAGCCUGCCUGGGCUCAAAUCCCAACUCAGCAGUGUCCUGCCUGUGUCUUUGGGUGGUCAUUUUGCCCCUAUUUCCUCGGUUUCCUCAUCAGUAAAAUGGCAAUAAUAAUAGUUCAAAAGAUGGUUUCACAGCACCUGCCAUGUUAUUCUGGGAUGAUUCUUUGGCUAGGCCCUGUUCUGGGUACUUUACACAUGAGGAAGAUAAUGCAGUAUUAUCAUUGGAUGUGGGCAUAUUGUAAGUGUCCUUAA